CGAGUCCCGGGGAAGGGAGGAGGAGCAGGAGGAGAGGAGGCGUUGCACUGCAGCACCAGCAGCUCCGGACCAGAGAGGAAGGAAAGGAGAGAGAGGAAGACGCGCGCUCCUCAGAGCAGCCGGAGGAAGUGCCGCCGGCUCCGGAUCGCAGCAGCUCCUCUGCCCGCCAAGGCGCGCGCGCUCCGUGCCCGGCUGUCUCCAAGCGGGGCGCCAAAGCUCCCCACCCUCCCGGCGCCGCGGUCCCCCCGUGCGCAACAGGGCGCGCGCCAUGGCGCACCGGGGUGGCCGGGCGCUCGCCGCCUUCCUCCUCGCUGUCACGGCGGCAGGCUUAAAUGUCUCCUGUGCCUCUUCACCUACUCCCUCAAGCACGGUUCGCUCAGGAACAACAGAAUUGAAUGAUCCCGCUGCUACAACCAGUGUUGGCCCUCCUUUGAGCACCCAGAAAGGAGCCUCCGUGACACUUACACUCCCAGGGGGACUUUCGACGCAGGAUAGCGCCACUGCUCCUACCACCACAGUGGAAGCUUUGAGUGCAAACCCCGUUUCGGCUGUAACGUCCCUUUCAGGAGCAACAGCCCCGGGUAGCUCAGCAGCAGCUCAUUCAUCACCGCAGCCAAACACUGGCUUACAAACCACGGAAGACACAUCAGCCUCUGCGACACCAGUUGCCGGCACCAUUCCUCACUCAGAAACCGCACCAGUCAGCUCUUCGCCUACUCUAAAUGGAUCGUCCACCAACCCUUUUCCUACUAACGCCACCUAUCUAAGCACCGCUGGUGCCACCCAAGUGCCGAGUGCAGAAACAUCUCCAGCAGCUGUGUCCUCGAGCAAACUCCCUACUGGAGAGACAACAUCUGGAGAGACAUCUGCGGCAGCAUCCUCCCCGGGCUCCACGCAAGGGGCUACUAUUUCUUCUCAAGUGGAUCUGUCAAGUAAGGCUACUCCAGUGACCUCUACUGGCAGUACCACGUUCUCUGUGGGGGUAACCAUACAAGAAGUUCAGCGGGCUUUGAGUUCGGGCAGCAUUGCAGCUAUUACCAUCGUAGUGAUUGCAGUGGUUCUGUUGGUGUUCGGCAUAGCCGCAUUCCUGAAGAUCAGGCAUUCUUCGUAUGGGAGACUCUUGGAUGACCAUGACUAUGGAUCCUGGGGCAAUUACAACAACCCUCUCUAUGACGACUCUUAAAUGGAGGAAGACCCAUCAAAGCCAAAAACUGCUCGUGUAUUUAUGAAGCACUUAUUUCACUAAAAGCGCCAUGGUCCGAUAAUCCUUCCGCAUACAAUGUUGUUGCUCCUCCUGCUGUUUCUGCUGAUGUGUUGUCACCAUAUCUCUUUGCAGCGCGGGCCCCCAAACCCACCAAAUGAAAAACGAGCCAACCAGAGUGGAGCGUUCAGCAACAAAUCGGGCAAGAGUUGGAAUCCGUAGCUGCGAGAACACUUGCUCGCGGGAGCCACUGCCUCCAAAUCCUAACGUUCUGCAAAGUGAUUAGGAUUCCUGCAAAAAGGGAUGAAGUCCGUGGAGAGUUUCGCCACCAGGGCUGCUGCGGCCAUUUGAGAUCGCAGCAACUCAGUUGUAACAGGGAACCUGCAAUGAAGAACGUGACCUUUUUAGAGUUGUCAGAUAGCAAAAAUUCGUGGUAGAAGUUGCUCAGGCGUCUCCGAGAAUUAAACGGCAGGUCUUGAUUCUUGCUUUAAUUGCCUUUUCCGGGUUGUCUCCUUAAGAAAGCGUUCUGAUUAAAAUUCAGUUGAAGGUUGGAGCAACUUGAUACUGCACUGAAGUUCUUGUUCAAUGUUUUGUUAAAGAAAGGCAGAAUUGUCACACUUCCAGUAAUAGCCACAAAUGGCAGUCCCUCCUGCUUCCCUCCCCAGCCUUUUUAGUGUCCAGUUCAUUGGGGCCUCCUUUCACAAAAAUCUAUUACAGUUUGGGCAAUUGUUUUUGGAAAUAUAUUGAAGCCCAGUGUGAAGUCAUGAGCCCACCAGCUCAUGGUGAAGUUAUUGUUCCCUCCCAAAUACAGAGGCUCUCCAUGGAAUUGCCUUCAAUAAAGUUUGUUUUGUGGGGACCAUUUGGAAAAGCAAACUCUCAAGGGCUAUUUUUCCACACCCCAAGUUUGUCCUUUGUCAGUUCAGACGUGUUUUUCAGAAGUGUGUUCUCUAGAUAAGGGGGUCCUCUCACCUUUUGAGCCUCUCUGUGCAAAUAUAGAUUAGGAAAAAAGCAGAAAAGGUGGGCUUGUAAUGCAAAUGUAGCGAAGUAAAACCCCUCAUUCUGCAUUAUUGAGUUCCUUCCAGCCGAUGUCAUCUAAUAUUAAGCUUGAACCCUAGACACAAGCCUUUGAUGUAUUUUCCAUUAUAGAAAGUAGGAAAGAAGGAUUCCAUUUCAGAAAAGACAUUUUCAGUACUACAGUGUUGCAUUCUGCCUUCUCAGUAUCCAAAGUCUACCAGGUAUUGGUUUUUUAAUCUCCUUCCAUUCCAUUUUAAAGGGCACAAAAUCACAUUGGUAAAUUGAAUUGAUUUUGCACGCAAAUCUGCUGUCACAAUGAGGUUUGAACAACAUAUUAUGCAGAGAUUGGGGGUGGGGGGGAUUCCCUCGUUGUUUUAUAUCAAACCCAAAAAAGACAGGGCAGCAUGUGUGUGGCUAGAAGCAGGGAAAGUGAGGAAGGAAGGAAUGAUUCUCCCACAGCCCCUAAUUUCAAAAAGUUGCUGCUGUGCUGGAUGGCAGAGAUACCAGAUGAACCUCCAGCAGCACACCUGUGUUUCUCUGUUCUUUCAUUUUUCUGUUUCGUAGCACUCUUGUCUCGGCAACUUUUUUGCAUUAAAAGCUGGAUGGAGGAAGAUUCUUAUGCAAAACUAUUUAGUGCACAGUGUAAGAAAAAAAAUUGAUUCCCCCCUCCCAGAGGCUAAACGGCUACUUGUUUGCACUACAAAUAAACUUUGACAAUAAUAAAGAUCUCUCUUUCAUGCUG